CACUGUUGUUGAUAGUAUCCUUCGCCCUAUAGGACCAUCAGAACGACACACAGACAGACAGAAGGAUACAUCAAGACGAUCAUGAUGAUUUAAAAUGAACUGUGUACAGAGAGAGGACACUGAAAUGGGAUUAAGGAAAUGGGAAGAAUAAAUACUGCGAAGAGAGAAAGUGAAAGGGGGAAAAAGGAGUAGAGAGAAAAAGAGAGAAAUAGAGAGAUAGAGGGAGAGAGAGAGGGAGGGAGGGAGAGAGGAUAAAUCCUUACACGACCAUGAUGAGGACUCAUAUCCCCUUCUGUGAUGGGGAGAGAAAAAAAUAGACAGCGUGGUAGAGAGAGGAAAGCAGGAUUACACCCCAACAGUGCCGGCAGAUGAGCGGAGCCAGCCGGAAAACUCCAGGAAAAAUCUGGGACUGUGUGUGAGAGCAACAGGAGAGGACCUGCUGCUACAUACAGCUCCGACACGCCAGACCUCCAUGUCCAUCUGUUCGUCUGUCCGUCUUCUGGAGCUAUUCCAUAUUGGAACUUCCUCUGAACUCUUCUGAACACAUCACAUCUGAGGGACACAUAUCGGAAUACCGGGAAUCACAUCGGAAUACUCACUACACUCCACAAAGAGAAAACAAGGAAUAUUUAGCUCAAGGAGAUAAACUAACUUCACGCACAAAAACACUCUCUACAUACUCCAGAGACAGAAACACUACUGACUGCACUUUACAGAGGGACUACAACAUGCAGAACACAGUGGAAUAGUGAUCACACUCUCUAGGGACUCAGGAAAUAUAGCAGUGGGAGAACAAACCAGGAGUGGAGGAAUAUACCGGGAGGAAAAAGGACAUAAAUCUUUUCUUCUGAUGAACUGAAUGACAACCUAUCCAGACAGAAAGGACCUGUAUGUCAUUCCUGGAGGUGACCAAGGCCAGCAGGGAGCAAGGGAGACAGGCAGACUGACAGAGAGCUAAAAGACAGACUCCUACAGGUGCUGAAACAAGAUAGAAGGACAUGAGAGAAAGGCGAAAGUAGGGAGAGACCAAAAGGCGAGAAAGAGGGAAGAAAAGAAGAACAGAAGUGUAUGCACCUACAGAAAAAUGAAACACUGGAAGAGAAGGUUGAUUGAAGACAGUGGGCACAGCUCUUCCCCUCCGCUUCCUAUUCCUUGUCUUCCUCUCCAGGCAGUGAGGUGCUGACAUGGCAGUUCCUACAGGACAACCACUCCCUAGUCUGCCAUGUACUCCUGUUUUAAUCCUCCUCCUGCUCCUCCUCUCCUCCCCUCUUCCCCUCCUCACCCGCCCUCUCACCCCCCAUCCCUCUAUUAAUGUGGCUGUGGUGUUCAGUGGCUCUGUUUACCAGAAUGAGGUCAGAGGUCGUUUGAGCAGAGAGAACUUCGCUGACCUUCCCCUAGAGGUGAACCCGAUCACGGUUCUGGUUAAUGACACAAACCCUCGCGCCCUGUUGACGCGUCUAUGUGAAACCAUGGCGACAGAGAAACUGCAUGGAGUCGUUUUUGAGGACGAUGUGGGAUCAGGAGCAGGUCCUCAGGUUGCUGAGGUGGCUCAGAUCUUAGACUUUCUGUCAACUCAGACAGCUCUACCCAUCAUUGGCAUCAGCGGCGGAUCUGCUGUCGUCAUCCCUCAUAAGGCUGAGGGCUCCACAUUCCUACAGAUGGGUGCGUCUCUGGAGCAGCAGACGGUCUGCAUGUUCAAGUUAAUGGAGGAGUAUGACUGGGGAGACUUUGUAGUCAUCACAAGCAUGUUACCCGGAUAUGAGACAUUUGUGGACUAUGUCCACUCCUACACAGACACCUCCUACUUCCUGUGGAGGCUACAGGAUGUCCUGUCUUUGGAAAUGUCCGUUGGGACCAGUGAUGUCCGUGCAAAACGCAUGUUACAGCAGAUUGAUUCCCAGGUACUCCUGGUUUACUGUUCCUAUGAAGAGGCCCAGUACCUGUUCCAGGUAGCUGGUGAGGUGGGUCUAUUGGGGCCUGGUUAUAUCUGGAUCCUCCCUUCCCUUGCUGUGGGCAACCCAGAAAGCCCUCCACCUAUCAGCUUCCCUGUAGGAGUGAUUGGUGUCACCACUGACCACUGGCGGAAGAGUCUGAAACAACGUGUCAGGGAAGGGGUAGCGAUAGUGGUCAAAGGAACAGACAGUUUCAGAAGACAUCAGGGGUUUGUUCCGGAAGGACGCAGUGACUGCAACACACCAGUGAAACGGAACAGCAACACCAACAACACAUUUUUCAGACACAUGCUAAACGUAACAUGGGAGCGUAAGGACUUGUCGUUUAACAGUGAUGGUUACCUGACCAACCCCUCUAUGGUCCUCAUUGCGCUGGACCGAGAUAGACAGUGGGACAAGGUGGGGACACUAGAGCGGGGUAUUCUCCAGGUGCGUUACCCGGUCUGGCCUCGUUACGGGAGUUUCCUGGAGCCCGUAUCAGACGACCGCCACUUGACGGUAGCCACCCUGGAGGAGAGGCCCUUCGUCAUCGUUGAGGACGUGGACCCGGACACAGGCACCUGUGUACGCAACACUGUGCCGUGCCGACGCCAGUCCAACCGCAGCGAGAGUAUUAUUGGCCACUCAGAGCCCUACAUCAAGCUCUGCUGUAAGGGGUUCUGUAUAGACAUUCUGAAGAAGUUGUCUCGCACCAUCAAGUUCUCCUACGACCUCUACCUUGUCACCAAUGGAAAACACGGAAAGAUUAUUGGUGGGAUGUGGAACGGCAUGAUCGGAGAGGUGUUCUAUAACAGAGCUGACAUGGCAAUAGGCUCUCUCACCAUUAACGAGGAGCGCUCCGAGAUCAUCGACUUCUCUGUGCCCUUCGUCGAGACUGGCAUCAGCGUUAUGGUUGCCCGUAGCAAUGGGACUGUCUCCCCAUCUGCCUUCCUCGAGCCCUAUAGCCCAGCAGUCUGGGUGAUGAUGUUUGUAAUGUGCCUGACGGUGGUAGCUGUGACUGUAUUUGUGUUUGAGUACUUCAGCCCUGUUGGUUACAACCGCAGCUUGGUCAGUGCCAAAGCACCAGGAGGUCCUACCUUCACCAUAGGGAAGUCUGUCUGGCUGCUAUGGGGCAUUGUGUUCAAUAACUCCGUCCCAAUCGAGAACCCUAAGGGCACCACCAGUAAGAUCAUGGUGCUGGUAUGGGCCUUCUUCGCUGUAAUUUUCCUGGCCUCCUACACUGCCAAUCUGGCAGCCUUCAUGAUCCAGGAACAGUACAUUGACACAGUGUCUGGACUGUCUGACAAGAAGUUCCAGAAGCCUCAAGAGCACUAUCCUCCAUUUCGGUUUGGGACAGUCCCUAACGGCAGCACAGAGAGGAACAUACGGAGUAACUACCCUGACAUGCACACACACAUGAUCAAAUACAACCAGAAAGGAGUCGAGGAGGCUCUGAACAGUCUCAAGACAGGAAAGCUGGAUGCAUUUAUCUAUGAUGCAGCGGUGUUGAACUACAUGGCAGGGAAGGACGAAGGGUGUAAGCUGGUGACCAUUGGCUCUGGGAAGGUGUUCGCAACGACAGGCUACGGCAUCGCACUGCAGAAAGACUCCAGCUGGAAACGACCUAUAGACCUCGCCUUGCUGCAGUUCCUAGGAGACGGUGAUACCCAACGUUUAGAGACAGUGUGGCUGUCUGGCAUCUGUCAGAAUGAGAAGAAUGAAGUGAUGAGCAGUAAGCUGGAUAUAGACAACAUGGCAGGUGUAUUCUACAUGUUGCUGGUGGCCAUGGGACUCAGUCUGCUGGUGUUUGCCUGGGAACAUCUACUCUACUGGAAACUACGCAAGAAACUAGAUAAAUCUCUGCGCAUGGACUUCCUGCUCGCCAUCAGCAGGGGUAUCUACAGUUGUUUUAAUGGAGUGGAGGAACCAGACCUCCCAAACCUGGCUAAUCCAGACCUGACAGCUAACUACGCCCAGGCUAACAUGCUGAAGAUGCUACGAACAGCUAAAGACCUAGUUAACUCUGCCCAGGUCGAAACCUCACUUGACAAUGCCACUAAGACCAUCGAACAGUGGAGUCGUCAUGGUAGCGGCGUGCCUGUCCGCAUUCCACAGCAGGUCACCACAGAAACAGCCCCAGGAGGGUUUGCUUACGUCACAGAGAACACACACCAGCUCCCUGAGCGCCCCCUCAGCCCGCAGUACUGCACUCUGGGUUUAGGGGCGUCUCUGAACCAUCAGAGGGGGCUGGCCAGACCAACGCCACUACGAUACACACUCCCAGCACGGACUUCCUCUCUUUACAACAGAUCACUUCCUGUUUCUAGUCUCAGUAGUCCUCACCUUGACCUGGCUGGGAGGGACCCCCUCUCCUCCUAUCCUCAACCCUCCACAGAGCCCUCCAGGAGGAAGAGGAGAUGCAAGAGCCUCCUCAGUCGGGAGCUAGGAGGAGAGAGGAGGCAGUGUGGGGAAAGGAAUGUGUGUCUGGCUGAACUCCAGGCCAACGACCUCCAAAAGAACCACUUCUCACCUAACAUGCCUGACUCCCUGUACCCAGGUGCGGUGCUCUGUCCAGGGGGAGACAGCUGCCGCGGCUCUUGGCCUCUUCCCCUGGAGGAGCUGGUUCUGGCAGGCAGACGGAGGCUUCACCGACGGCCAUCUUUCCUUCGAGCCACCUGGGGCAGUGAGCGAAUUCGUCAGCCGGAUGAAACUCUGACUACAUCCCUCGAUAACCAAUCACAUUCGGCUUUACCAGACUUGUUCCCAUGUGUCAUGACCGAUCAAGAAACUCCCACUAAACUCUACUACCCUGGCCCUCACCGGAACAACAUAGGCUAUCCUGCUGCCUCGCCACGCCAGCAUGCCUAUCUCCAUAUAAGGCAGGACCAAAGGAAUGGGAACUCGCGUAAAAAGAUACGGCACUCACACUCCACCCACUUGCCCACCUACAGAGAGGCCGUUCUGGGGGGCCAGGGAAGCGGGGUAGGUUUCGGUGUGGUCCGGAGAGCCACCAGCUUGCUAAGCAGACAGUACUCCCAUUAUCUAUCAUCGUACCCUGGGCUGCCACUAUACCAUCGCCCCAUGGACCUCAGUGCCCAUUCGCAGGUGUCCAGCGACAACCUCAGCCCCAGCCCAGUGUGCCAGCUCCUGGCCUGUGGCGGGGGCUGUCGAGGCCAAAGGGGAUUGUUGUUCCAGGACAGUCUAUAUGGAGCCUAUGGGCCAUAUGGAGCCUACAGAGGUGUCCAAGAUCCAGUCUUAGAGCCCCAGAGAGGAGAAGGCUCUGUGGGGUUGCGUUCUGAAGACAGACCUUGUGUUACCCAGCCCUGGGGACGCAUCUCCAGUCUGGAGUCAGAGGGAACAGCAGAAGAUUCUCAACUAAACCAAGAAAUAUACUGACAGCAACGGAGAUUCAGACCACGGAUAGUCCCAUUGAUCAAUUGCCUGGAAAUAUUACCAGUAAGCCCAUCCUGUGCUCAUGUUUGUUGGUCUGACAACAUGAAACAGUGUAGCAAGCAUUUCCUCAAGCAAUUUCGUAGACACUGUGUAUUAGUUGUUUUGUGGUUAUUAAAGGGGAUAUCCGUAUUUGCUCCCUCUGAAUACAGUGUAUUCAAACCAACUCUCCUCUACUCGCUUUAAUUCCGCUUUAAUUUAGGGAUGAUUAAAAGGAAAAUUCCGACCCUUAGAUGGCACAAUGAUUCUCUUUGUUAUUCUGUGCUAGUUUUUUCACUUGAAAAUAAAUUGAAACUGAAAAGUGUAGAAUUUCUGCAACUAAGAAAUGACAGAUUAAUUUGUGGUGGGACAACCACGUCUACAGAUAGCAUUGCUCAUUAGAGCAGUGAUCAUUGUGUCUUAGUAAUGCCAAUGGAAGGGAAGGUGCAAAGAAAUUCAACACAAUGCAUCCUGAGAACUGUUCAUAUUGUAUGCUGAGAUUUUGCAGGUGACACAUUCAAAUAUGCGAUUGAGGGAUGGAUAUUGUCUACCAUAACUGUGUUGAUAGUGCAUAUACUCACCCUGUAUAUGAUAAGCAAUUACAUGUAUACUGUAGAAGCCAUGAAGGUAGCCGAAGACAGUAGAAUAGAAAACCCAGCAGUAGUCUGGGUUUCCAGGCUCAGAGUGGAUAACUGGCAACUUAAUGUUGUUUAAAUAUAGGCUGCUAGCAUUGUGAAAACGUAUGUAGCCUAUAAAUAAAGAUGGAUAUAGUAUGUAGAACAUACAGUAUCUCACCAAAGUGAGUACACCCCUCAAAUUUGAGUAUA